GGGCGGGGCCGCCCCUUCCGGCGCCUGCGCGGCGCCGCUUCCGCCCAUUCAUUCCGCUCGGCGGCUGCCGCUUCCUGGCGCCAGUGGCGGCGCGGCCUGCUCGCAGGAGGCUUCUGCAGCGCCCGCCGGGCCCUCCCGCCCGGGGCUCCCCUCUGCCCCCCGGGGCCGCCGCCACUCCCCAGGGAAGGCCGCCGGCCCGCACCGCCUGCCUCCUGCCGCCAUGAAGCUCGUCAGGUUUCUAAUGAAACUGAGUCAUGAGACUGUGACCAUUGAGCUGAAGAACGGGACGCAGGUGCAUGGAACUAUCACAGGAGUGGAUGUCAGUAUGAAUACGCAUCUUAAAGCAGUGAAAAUGACACUGAAGAACAGAGAGCCUGUACAGCUGGAGACCCUGAGUAUUCGAGGGAAUAACAUUCGCUACUUCAUUCUGCCAGACAGUUUGCCUCUGGAUACCUUGCUAGUGGAUGUUGAACCAAAAGUCAAAUCCAAGAAAAGAGAAGCAGUUGCUGGAAGAGGCCGUGGCCGAGGCCGUGGGAGAGGCAGAGGUCGCGGAAGAGGAAGAGGAGGUCCAAGACGAUAACUUCUCACCGCAACUGUUACCAAAUUCUGGGCAGUUUUGGAUAGUUUUUGUACAGGUCUUGUUUACGGUGUCCAUUUUUAAUAAACUGAAAUGUGAAAAA